AUGGCAACGAGAAUCGUUACAGUGCAACCUGAAAUCGGGCCCCCGGCACCAGCACGCGCCGAUGAUCAGCAUCUGAAGUUUACCCGUUUCCACGAACACGGAGCACCCAAGAAGGCGACUCCGGGUCAGCUUUUGUGGCCGGUCGUCCUGACGAUUCAGCGUGAGGACCCGACCAAACGUGUCGAUUUUGAAGUUGAUGUCACAUGGAUCGCCGUGUCAGACUCGGGGACUGCAAUGCCGCAGGUGCAACCCCAGGAAGUUGAAGGUGUCGUUGUCAAAAAGAUCCUGGACCAUGAUCUGCCGCCAACGUGCCGGCUUGGCCACGGUACAACCGCGCAGGAAUACAGAUUUCCUCCCGGGACGACUCUCAACGACUCUCCGAUAGUGCAUGUCGUCAUCCAAAACCUCAAGGCGCCCAGAAACGAUGUGUAUCCGCGUCAGGCGGAUGCGGCUCCGACGUUCAGGCUGUUCAUUCGGCUUUAUGAUGUCGUCCAGGAUCAACAAGGACGGAUGGUCCGGAACGUCUUUUUCAAUACAUGCCUUCGCUGUUCAGACAGCACUUUCUGGGGGACGCUCGCCGUUGGCGCUGGCACCCACACUCUGCUGCAGUAUCCAGGGAAUGCCUUCCCCCCCCCGUUCCGCGGUCCCAACGACACCGUUGAUGAUUCCCAGCCGCCCAAGUUGAAGAUGAGCCCCUGGCACGCAUGGUUUCUGGUGCACUUAAAAGCGGCGGAAAAGAUCGGAGACUAUGAAAAGGAACUUUAG